AUGGCAUCCAAGACGUUUAAGUUCUCGGAGUUGCCGCCGGAUCAGCGGAUUCUCUCCGGUCAAAAAUACAGAAAAUCUCUCUAUUAUGCAGCUCAAGCCGCAAUCUGGACUGGUUAUCUUUAUUUUGGUAUCCGCUUAUUAGCAGUCCUGUCUAGCCCUUACCAAUGGCAAACCUGGAUAAUGUUAGCUGUGGAGUUGAUCUUUGCUCACCUGGCUAGGAAAGAACAACUUCGUUCUAUUACAGCUGGAAAAGUUCAAAAUGGUGGUCCAAGGAAGAGGCUGCGUCUUCAAGGAGAUGACCUCCCUCGUGUGGAUGUUCUAUUACCUUGCUGUGGUGAACCAGUCGACAUUAUUAUGCAAACAGUGCAAGCGGCAUGUGUAAUGGACUAUCCUAAUUUCCGAGUUCGCCUUCUAGAUGACGGGGGCUCGGCCUUGUUGAAAAAGACCGUAUUAGGGCUACAGGAUCAAUGGCCACAUCUAUCUUAUCAUUCCCGUGGUCGCCAAUCCGGUCAAGUUUUCGCUAAAUCGGGCAACUUGAACUAUGCCCUUACCACGCUUCAGAAGGAUGAUCCACCGGAGUUCUGUGCAGUCUUAGAUGCGGACUCCAUCCCAUCACCAGAUUUCCUUCGCGCUACCCUUCCCCAUCUGCUAGAAACAUCUCCUUCGGGCCCGGUACUGGUUUCUACGCGUCAGUACUUCUCCAACCUACCAAAGGGAGACCCUCUCUCACAAGCCCGAUGCCAUUUCUACACCUGCCAAAACGCAGAGCUAGAUAUUCUAGGCCGCGCUAUAGAUGCCGGCUCCGGUGCGGUAUUUAGGCGGCAAACUAUCAUGGACGUCGGGCUCUAUCCAACCUUCUCCUUUUCAGAAGAUUGGCAGCUAUCAUUGGUGUUGCAAGGAUUCGGGCACCAAACCGUCCAAGUACAGGAGCCAUUGCAGUAUGGUCUUGUUCCGACAUCCAUCACCGGACAUAUUGCCCAAAGAAGCCGAUGGAACAUUGGUCAUGCCCAACAGAUAGUUUCUAUGUAUUCUCGCGAUUCCUCAUUUGCGAAGUUUCCGAAAGAUCUUCAAAGAAACAUUGCUUGGAAUGGAGUAGGCAUUAUCGGAGGGGAGGUUAGCUGCCUCAUUGGCUUUGCUGUCAUCCCAGUUCUCCUCCUCGCUGCAUGUGGAGAUAUGAUCCCAGCUACAACAAGCAUUACGAAUACGCUCCAGGUGAUCUUGGCAACACUUUAUAUCCUGUUAAACUGGAUAUAUGAGUUUUGCCAAGCUGCACAGACUGGCUUCCAGAGCGCUCCAUUUGCGCACUUAGAAAAUAAGUGGCAGGCUGCUGGAAACAUCUAUUCUAUCCUACGGUUCUAUCUGUUAACUAGCAAGCCGAAAGGUUCUUUCGUGACAGGUAGCACUGCUAACUCUUGGAAUCGUCUUACGGGGUCAUCAAUGUCUUCAUAUAUUCGACUAUACAGAGACCUAUGGGAGAAUCGCCUCUUUUGCAACGUCAUUGUCCUGAUCGCGACACUGGGAGCGAUGUUCUACACAACAGCGGUUGUCCUGUCAGGGAAUCAGAGUCUGAUCAAGCUCCUGACGUCAAUUGCCUGGCCGCCACUGCUCCAUGUUUGCUAUCUCAGCAUUGUAAACAACUGGGUACCCGUUGCCUAUCUGUUGGAUCCUCCGAACUAUCCCGAUCGGAAGGCUUAA